AUGCCUUCUCUUCAGCUUCUACAGUUAACUGAACGUGGUCGGGGCCUUUUGGCCUCGAGGAGGAAAACACUACUUCUUGCAACUGGCAUCAUUGUUGCCGGUGGAACUGCUGCUGCAUACAUGCAAUCACGAAAUAGGUGUAGAAGACAGAAUUCUUUGGGUCACUGCAAUGGAACCAAAGACAAUGAAGAAGAAUCAAACAAUUUGAUUGGAAAGGAUAAUAACGUAACAAAGAGUAGGAAAAAGAGAGGAAGUUUGAGGUCUCUCCAAGUUUUGGCUGCUAUUCUUUUAUCUCGUUUGGGUCGAAUGGGUGCAAUAGAUAUUUUGUCUUUGGUGGCUAUAGCGGUUUCACGGACUGCUGUUAGCAACAGAUUAGCUAAAGUCCAAGGAUUCCUUUUUCGUGCUGCUUUUCUCCGACGUGUACCAGCAUUUUUCCGUCUUAUUCUUGAAAAUAUUUUACUUUGUUUCGUCCAGUCAACUUUGCAUUCUACCUCAAAAUAUAUAACAGGGACCUUAAGUUUACGGUUCAGGAAAAUAUUGACGAAGCUUAUCCAUACACAAUAUUUUCAGAAUAUGGUAUACUACAAGAUGUCCCAUGUUGAUGGUCGGAUAACUAACCCUGAGCAACGAAUUGCAAGUGAUGUACCGAGGUUUUGUUCAGAAUUGAGUGACCUUGUACAAGAAGAUCUGAUUGCUGUUACUGAUGGGUUGCUUUAUACUUGGCGUCUGUGUUCGUAUGCAAGCCCAAAAUAUGUUUUCUGGAUAUUGGCCUAUGUGUUCGUGGCAGGGACCACAAUCAGAAACUUCUCUCCCGCAUUUGGGAAACUCAUGUCCAAAGAACAACAGCUGGAAGGGGAGUACAGACAGUUGCAUUCACGAUUAAGGACCCAUGCAGAAAGUAUAGCAUUUUAUGGAGGUGAAACUAGAGAAGAUUUUCACAUUCAGCAGAAGUUUAAGAGUCUUGUGCGGCAUAUGAGGGUUGUUCUUCAUGACCAUUGGUGGUUUGGCAUGAUUCAAGACUUUUUGCUGAAGUAUCUUGGUGCUACUGUUGCUGUUAUCCUGAUAAUAGAGCCCUUUUUCUCUGGCAACUUAAGGCCUGAUUCUUCAACCUUAGGACGUGCAGAGAUGUUGAGUAAUUUAAGAUAUCAUACGAGUGUUAUAAUAUCAUUGUUCCAGUCCUUGGGAACUCUUUCUAUAAGUUCAAGACGGCUCAAUCGCCUGAGUGGCUAUGCUGAUCGUAUUCAUGAACUCAUGGGAAUAUCGAGAGAGCUUGGUGUACGCGAUGCAUCUUCUGUGAAGACUGAUGGGAGCAGGAAUUAUGUUAGUGAAGCAAAUUACAUCGAGUUUGAUGGUGUCAAGGUUGUUACUCCAACUGGCAAUGUAUUGGUAGAGGAUCUGACUCUGCGGGUUGAAGUAGGUUCUAAUCUGUUGAUUACAGGUCCAAAUGGAAGUGGGAAAAGCUCUCUUUUUCGAGUUUUGGGAGGUCUUUGGCCGCUGGUAUCUGGCCAUAUUGUGAAACCUGGAAUUGGUUCUGAUCUAAAUAAGGAAAUCUUUUAUGUGCCACAACGGCCAUAUACAGCAGUGGGAACUCUGCGCGACCAGUUGAUAUAUCCUCUUACUGCAGAUCAAGAGGUCGAACCUCUUUCAAAAAGUGAAAUGGUUGAGCUGUUAAAAAAUGUCGAUCUUGAAUAUCUCCUGGACCGUUACCCUCCUGAAAAGGAGGUGAAUUGGGGUGACGAAUUAUCGCUAGGCGAGCAACAAAGAUUGGGAAUGGCUCGUCUCUUCUACCACAAACCCAAAUUUGCUAUCCUGGAUGAAUGCACAAGCGCUGUGACGACUGCUAUGGAGGAACGUUUUUGUGCUAAAGUUCUAGCAAUGGGUACAUCAUGUAUCACUAUCUCUCACCGUCCUGCGUUAGUUGCAUUUCAUGAUGUGGUACUAUCCCUGGAUGGUGAAGGAGGCUGGAGUGUUCAUUAUAAGAGAGCGGAUUCUCCAGCUAUUACAGAAUCUGAAAACAGUAAAAGGAGAAAUUUGGAGACGGACCGCCAAAGUGAUGCGAUGGCUGUCCAACUUGCAUUUGCUAAUACAAAAAAGGAUUCGGCAUUUUCAGCUUCCAAGGGGCAAUCAUAUUCUUCGGAGUUAAUAGCAACAUCUCCUACCGACGAUGAUGAAUAUCCUUUGCCUGUCUUUCCACAAUUGCAAAGUGCUCCACGGCUAUUGCCUUUGCGUGUAGCUGCCAUGUUUAAAAUACUGGUUCCUACUGUGCUUGAUAAACAGGGAGCUCAACUCCUUGCAGUAGCCAUACUUGUUUUGUCCAGAACCUGGAUCUCAGACCGCAUUGCCUCGUUAAAUGGGACCACCGUUAAGUUUGUUCUGGAGCAAGAUAAAGCAGCCUUUAUUCGGUUGAUUGGUAUUAGUGUUCUCCAAAGUGCUGCAUCCUCCUUCGUUGCACCCUCUUUGAGGCACCUUACAGCUUUGCUUGCACUUGGAUGGAGGAUUCGUCUGACCAAGCACUUGCUGAAAAACUACUUAAGAAAUAAUGCAUACUAUAAGGUUUUUAACAUGACAUGCCAAAAUGUUGAUGCGGACCAGAGACUGACUCAAGACUUGGAGAAGUUAACCACUGACUUGUCUGGCCUGGUUACUGGGAUGGUAAAGCCAACUGUCGAUAUUUUAUGGUUCACCUGGAGAAUGAAGCUUUUAACUGGUAGAAGGGGAGUUGCUAUUUUGUAUGCUUACAUGUUACUAGGUUUGGGUUUUCUAAGGAGUGUCACUCCUGACUUUGGUGAUCUGGCAAGUCGAGAGCAACAACUAGAAGGAACUUUUAGGUACAUGCAUGAAAGAUUACGUACGCAUGCGGAAUCUGUUGCCUUUUUUGGUGGUGGUGCCAGAGAGAAAGAGGCUAGUCUCAUUAUCCCUUUGUAUCUCCUGCUUUAA